GUCACUGUGGCGAAAAUUAUAUAAUUUUGGUUUCUCUGGAACCAGCUGAACUGUCCAUGAUAUGGAGGUGUCUGUCAGGAGAGUUUCGGCUCUAAAAGAAGUAAAACCUCUACUUCAGUCUAUGAGUUAAUGGUUACAGUCAUAUCUUCGUCAGUUUUCCCCUGCGCUUGGCUUGUCUCUACGCAAUCCCAGAGAGCAAAAUCACGUGGCUAUGACAUUUAUCAGAGAUUUCGUUCGCUUAUGUAUUAAUCAGACUCUUUUUAACAGGGUUGAAAUAACGGAUUUCCAAUCCGUUUGUCAAGAGAAAGGCGGCGUUAACAGUGGAGGAACGUCAUUUUUACUCAAGCCUCUUUUCUCUCUCUCUGCCUACGCUGAGUGGUGGACAACCAAAGCUGUGUGGUCUUUGCUGUAUUUCAACUUCUACAGCUGGUUUUUCUCCGAGACUGGAGCAAGCACAGAAGCUACUGAUGAUGCCCCAAAGAAUAUAAGCUGCAUUCGCAAUGUGACGACGUAUUAUUCCACCACGGGCGACAUAUUGCAGAAUGGAACAACAACUUGUGAAGACUGCCCAAGUGAAAGGCAUCAUGUAGUCGCCAGUGUGCCCGACAGUAACUUGUACCUGGUAGUGAUAGACGCCAUUUGUGGACCAUGUUCUGAUUCGAUCAAGGAUAUGGGAAUUCCAGGCGAACCCCGAGAAAUUCAAAGAGGGACCGUGGAAAACGCCUGUAAGGAACCUGGCUACCGAAAAAGACCUCAGAGAUGCUUUGUAUCAACACAUUCUGAAACGGGUUACAUGUGUGGUACUGGUUCAUUCAUAACACCAUCUCUUCGUGCCAUCACGCUGCAAUUGCUCUGUUUCAUAACUGUAUUGUGGAGAAUAAUCGGCGGCGUCUGACUGAUUCUACCUUCUGAAGUAACUAUUGGCUUGCAAGCUUACAAGAUGUCAAGAAUCAAUUUUGAAACUGCCUUAAGAACAUCUGUGCUGCAGAGUUCAGCUUCAGGCUGUAAAGAAAACGCGGAGAUAGUUUGUUGACUUCAAAUUGUUGACGCUUGUUUAAAAUUAUUUUACAGUUUCGUUUAUGCCAUUGUGGAAGAUGCAAAAGUCGAUGUAUCUAUUUUGAAAACGUUGUUUUCACAUUCAAUUUGGAACAAUACAUGCGUACGUUUGUUCGUGUAGAAAGGUUACGAUAUUUUAAGAGAUGUAUUAUAUUAAUACUUAACUGUGUAUUUUACUGUAAAGCUUGAAAACGUGGUACUGACAAAGUUUGUUUUAAGGGAGUAUUUUAAUAUUAAUGUAUUAUAAGCCAGCACAAAGUUUGUGUAAUUGUAACCUUUCAGACACGUCUUAAAAUUCCCUUAACUUAUUGAGAUCUAAUUUUAUUUUUUUUCAGUCGCUCACGAGCGCUGAAUUGAACUUUUGUACAGAAUGUCGUAAGUUUUAGAUGCAUAUUUGAAAAGCCUCAGAGAACUUUUUCCCCGGCAGUCCCAUAAUGAUAAAUUAAAUCAGUGCCAAAAUGUUCCUUGGAGAAGUGUAUAAAUAUAAUUUAUAAUUUUGGCAAUAUUCAAGGAACCAUUGUAGGAUUGUGCUCUUUAUUAAGUGAUAAUAAUUGUCAAUUAGUGCUUCUCGAUGGCUUACAAUUGAAAUAGCAACGACGAAAUAUGCAACCAGACAAUAAAUAACUAGUAAAAUUC